AUGGGUUCGUUGCAGAAGAUAUCCGAAGCAAUCUUGCUGAACGAGAAGAAGAUGGGUUCUUUGAUGCUUGAAUAUAAGGCCUCAUUUACAGAGUGCUUCACUGAACUUCAAACCAGAGAAGAGAGACUGAAGUCGGUUGAAGAGUCAAUACUCCGCAGUUCUGAAGAUUUUAAGUUUCGGAAAAGAUGGGUUGACAAAAGGUUGAAGAAAUUGGAGGAGAAAGAAAUAUUGUUAAAUGGGGUGGUGGAGAAGAUGGAGAAAGGAAUACAUCUUUUUAAUCAGGAAAUUAAUGACUCCAUGAUUGAAAAGCUUAAGGCGGUUGUUUUGAGAGAGCAAGAUCAUGUGGGUCUGAUGGAGAAAGAAGAAAAUGAUCUGAGAUCCCAGAAGGAAUAUUUGGAGGAACGGAAGAAUGAGAUCUCUUCUUCUGAGAAAUGUUUGAAGGACAGGGAAAUGGAGCUUCAAUCAAAGGAGACUCAUUUUCGGAGAAGGGAAAAGGAGCUAAUGGAAAAGAUGAAUGAUUUGGAGAGGAGGAACAUGGAUCUUGAUUUCAGAGAUGGAAUGUUGGAGAGAAUGAGAAAAGAGCUUGAUUCAAGGGAGAACAAUUUGAAGAGAAAGGGUGAUGAGAUGUGCUUCAAGAAGAAAAUGUUGGAGAUACUGUUGAAUGGGAUUUCUGCAACUAGGGAAGAGCUUGAGAGAAUGGAAUCUGAGCUCGAUUCGAGGGUGAAGAACUCGAAUGCAAGGGAAACUGAGCUUGAUUCUAGACAAAGAAUGUUGGGAGGGAAAGAGAAGGAAUUGAUGGAAGGACAAGAUCUCACGUGUUUGAGAUGA